AUGGCGUCGACACAUCACCAGCAGCCCCCUUUCCGGGCCGAGCAUAUGGGAUCCCUCCUCCGACCCCAGAAGCUGUUGGAUGUAAGAGCGACUAUCCGCGACAAGAACAUCUCUCCCGAGGAAGCUGGACUUCCUGCCGUUGAGAAGGAAGCUGUUGCACAGAUCGUCAAAACCCAGCGCGAGUUGGGGUUCAAGGGUGUGAACAGUGGAGAGUUUAACCGCACUCGGUUCUGGGGACUGUUCUGGGACGAGCUCGACGGAACGAUACGUCUACAGGAUGCAGAGGCCAGCAUGUUCCGACUGUACCACCCGGACGUGGUCAGUCUGAUUGAAAAGGACCGAAAGGUCAUGCCUGGAGACUCUGUCAUUGCUGGAAGCAAGAUCCGCCACAAUGGUACCGAGUCAAAUCUCCAUGAGCUCAAGCUGGUGCAAGCUUCUGUUCCCAAGGAGGAAUGGGGCAACAUCAAGCUUACCAUGAUUACACCUUCAUGGUUCCACAUGAGGUACAAGCAAGGCCGAGCAUACAAGUCGGAAGCAUACCAGAAUGAAACCGAAUACUUCACGGAUGUCGCUGCCGCCUACUCACGAGAGUUGGAGGUUCUGUACGAAGCUGGUCUCCGAAAUGUACAAUUUGACGACCCCAACCUUGCUUACUUCUGCUCCACUGCCUUCCGAAAAGGCUGGGAAGAAGACAAGGACAACGACGGCACGGUCGACGACCUUCUUGACUCCUAUAUCAAACUAUACAAUGACUCGAUAUCCAAAUGCCCGGCAGACAUGCACACGGGAGUCCAUCUUUGCAGAGGCAAUUUCAUUGGAGGCAGACAUUUCUCCGAGGGAUCUUACGAUAUCAUCGCCAAAAAGCUGUUCGAGAACCUCAACGUCAACACUUUCUAUCUGGAAUACGACACCCAGCGAGCAGGCGGCUUCGAGCCCCUCAAGUAUCUGCCUAAGAACAAGAAUGUCAUCAUCGGCUGUAUCAGCACGAAGCUGCGGGAACUGGAGGACAAGGAGAAGGUGAAGGAGAGAAUCUACAAGGCUGCCGAUUCCAUUGCGGAAGGAUCUGGCCAGUCACAGAAAGAGGCAUUGAAGAGAGUCGGUCUCAGUCCUCAGUGUGGUUUCAGUACCCAUGAAAGCGGAUAUCCGCUGAGUGAUGACGACCAGGCGGCCAAAUUGACUUUGGUGCGAAAGAUCGCCGAUGAGGUCUGGGGAGAGCCUUGA